CCCCAUUUGCAGGCCACAGAUAUUGUCUUAGCUUUCUUGAAGCGGCCAAAGUGCAGGAAAUGGAUGAGGACCAAGUUGGUGGAUUAUCCACAGCACGAAGCAUUAGUUAAAUAAGGUUGCGCAAUCGACGCAUACGUGUAUUCAUUAGGUUCAUCAUCUUUCUCAGAUGCUCCUUAUUUUAGGGGUACACAUUCUAAAUUUCAAACAAAACCAGCAAUCUUCCCAGUAAUGACUUCCCCAACAGAGACCAAGAUCCUCGUCUCAUCCCAUGAUUGCAGAGAGUGACCGUCUGAAGAGUCUGUACCCAACGGUCAUCCUCGCAUCCGCCGUUUCUGGCAGCGCUACCAUGAUCAUGUUGCUUGGUAGAUCGGCAACAACCGCCUCGGUCUUGAACGAUGUCUCAACGUGCCUCCUCGUCAGCUCAGUCAUCACGGCAGUCUUUACAGCAAUGAUAACAAUCAUGCUUUCGUUCGAGUUCCAGAGCAGCCAUGAGCCCACCCGGAUGCGUCGAGCAACGGCAUGGGUGCCGAUCUUCUUUUUCGAUUUUAUGUUAUUCGAGUUGGUCCUUGGUCUAGUUUUUUGGUUUACAGCUGGACAUGCCUGGCAGUUUGCUGCUCUUCUCGGCCUAGUAUCCGGAUCACUGUUCAUGGUAACGGCAGCUGUAGCUGUGUGGAUGACAGUAAAGGCCAGCCCGUUGGGUUGCCUGGGGAAACGAUUGUAGACAGAGUCUGAAGUUUGACUCUGUCAAUUUUUCGAUCAGGGACCUCAACUACCUAUGGAACCACCUGAUAAAGGACAGCAUGCAGCAUUGGCCAGAAUUGUAUUAUGCAGUACUACAGACCCCACUAAGAAGCAGAUAAGACCUUCUCGUUGAAACUUUUCCGCCAAUGCAUUUCGAUGCCUAACGGCAGUGGAUAUAGUAGACCGAAGACGCGAAGUUUGUCGUCGUUGGUGGGCGGCCAUGCUGAGGCAUCAGCGCGCCCUGUGAACUCAUCAGAAACUUAUAGCACCUGCUCUUUCCACUUGCUUACUACUCCUUCUCUGCAAGCCCUGCUUUGGUCUGGUUCCUCACAGCAUUUUGAUUAUAGACAAUGUCAACAAAGUAUUCUCCCCGAGACAGUGUCGGUGGCAUGGCGUCCAAUGGCUUGCAACUUAUCAACUGCCGUAUCGGUGGCGAGGAAAACUACGAAGAUCUUCCAUCGC